AUGGCGGAUCAUGGCGGAUCUAUGAAGAAAAUCUAUGCGGUAGGGACAUUCAUAAUUCAUAAAUGUUUAUCAGUACAAAGGACUUACAUUAAUGGCUCCAUAGAUCUAGGAAUCUUCUUAGAGAUUAUUCAGCUUAAGAAACGGCUAAAUGAUCAGUUGGCAGUUCGACGAGCCCUGGAGAAAGCACUGGGAUAUAGAACAACCGCCAUUGAUUCUUCUUUGAAUGAUAGCUUCAUACCCAUGCCAGCUCAAGAGCUAAUAAGGGAGAUUUCAGUGUUAGAGCUAGAAGUCAGGCACUUGGAGCAUUAUCUUCUAUCGUUGUAUCGGAGCGCUUUCGAUCGGCAAACUCCUAUGGUAUCCCCUUCCAUGCCACCAAGAGAGAGAUCGAAAGGUCCAAUUAGCUGCCAAAGGAUGCUGUUUCAAGCUCCUAAGGCUGAACUCUCUCCCAAGCAAACUGCAGCAGUUAAAUCCACUAGAAUAUUACCAUCUCAAUUAUCAGCCAACAAGCUUGUGGAUGAGCCCUGUUGUGAGAAUUUUGCCUGUCCCAAGUUCCACCGCAGCCAUUCUGCGCUCAAUCAUCGCGCUGCUUAUUCGACCCGUCUUUCUUCUUCUGAAGAGCCUCUGGCAACAGCUCUUCAUGAAUGUCAAGAUCAGCCAUUUUCAGCUCUCAAAGAUGGCCAUGGCAGUGCCUCUAGUGUAAUUAGCCUGGCGGAAUGUCUUGGCACCAGUAUAGCUGAUCAUGUUCCCGAGACACCAAACAAGGUUUCAGAAGACAUGGUUAGGUGCAUGGGUGCUAUUUACAGCAGACUGGCAGAUCCUCCACCGGUUAUUCAUGAUCCCGCGUCUUCUCGGACUUCAUCAUUAUCUUCCAUGAGUGUCAGUUCUCCACAGUAUAUUGGAGAUAUGUGGAGUCCAAGUUGCAAAAGGGAAUCAAGUCUUGACACGCGGCUGAUAAAUCCUUUUCGUGUCGCGGGGUUGAACGAUUUCAGUGGCCCAUACAAUGCCAUGGUGGAAGUGUCUUCAAUCAGAAGGGACAGUGAGAGUUUAAAGAUUGUUGAAGUCUUGCUUAGUGCUUAUAAAUCCCUUGUUCAAAAACUUGAAACUGUUGAUGUGAGGAGGAUGAAGAAUGAUGAAAAGACAGCCUUUUGGAUCAACUUACACAAUGCUUUGAUGAUGCAUACAUAUUUGGUGCAUGGAGUUCCUCAAAGCAGUAUCAGACGGACUUCACUCUUCAUCAAGGCCACAUGCACAGUAGGAGGUCACCCCAUAGAUGCCAAAUUGAUACAGGCUUCACUGCUUGGCUGCUGUACACAAAAUUUCUCUGGACAGUGGCUUCCAACAUUCAAGCAUACAAAGAUUAAGUUCAAGAGCAGAGAUGAAAGGACAAGUUUUUAUGCCAUUGACAAGAAGGAACCACUCCUCCGUUUUGCAUUAUGCUCUGGAAGCCAUUCUGAUCCUGCAGUGAGGAUAUAUACUGCAAAAAGAUUGUAUCAGCAGCUAGAAACAGCAAAGGAAGAGUACGUUGGAGCUACAGUUGGUGUUGAGAGAGAGCAAAAAAUCCUUCUGCCGAAGUUGGUAGAAUCUUAUGCGAAAGAUCUUAUUUUGAGUACGGAGAAGGUGGUGGAUAUGAUUCAAUGCCAUCUUCAUGAGGCCAUGAGAGCUGCAGUUCAGAGGUGUCAGCGAGGAAGAUGCAGGAAGAUUGUUGAGUGGGUGCCUCAUAACUUCAGUUUCAGAUAUUUGUUGUCAAGGGAAGUUGCUAAUCCUCAGUUAAUUUGAAUUUGCUGUGAUGGUGAAAAUUACAUAUAUACCACACAAUUCUUUUGUAUUUGCAUGUCUGACAUCCAAGUUUUGAUAUUUAUAGUUUUAACACCUCGGUGUAAUGUUAUGUAUGAAGAUGUGUAGAUGUUACUUGAUGGUGAAGAUUUGAGUGAUAUGGAUGUAAAUAUGAAUGUUUAGGUGUUAGA